GAAAGCAUUCUGUGUAUCUCUGAGAGGAAGAAGCACUGGGAGAAUCUUCGUGAGUAGGCCUAACCAGUAGGCCUAACCAGUAGGCAUAACCAGCUGAUAGUGACAGGGCAGACACAAACUCCUCUGGCUGAAGUAUUGCAUCAGUAAUCUAUUAUUUUGUUGUUGUUAGAGUCUAGUACAGAAGUUGGACAUAGUUGCUGAACACAACUGGAGUAUUUUCCUUUAAGACUGGAGCAGCUUUUCUAACUAUCUGUUUAUGAACAAAGAUGGCUACCUUCACCAACCACUCAACCAAUGAGAGCAGCGAGCAAAACUGCCGCUGUCGCUUCAAGGAGGACUUCAAGUACAUCCUGCUUCCUGUCAGCUACACUCUGGUCUUCGUGAUUGGCCUAGCCCUGAACUUCACGGCCAUGUACGUGAUCCUGUUCCGUACAAAACUCUGGAAGCCCUCCACAGUGUACAUGUUCAACCUGACAGUGUGCGACACCCUCUACAUCCUCACUCUACCCUUCCUAAUCUACUACUACGCCGACGAGAACGACUGGCCCUUCAGUGAGCCGUUCUGCAAACUCAUCCGCUUCCUGUUCUACGCUAACCUUUACGGUUCCAUCCUGUUCCUGUGCUGCAUCAGCCUGCACCGCUUUCUGGGUGUGUGUUACCCGAUUAGGUCCCUGAGCUGGGUCAGCGCCAGGAGAGCCCGGCUGGUGUCUGUGGCGGUGUGGGCGUGUGUGUUGAUGUGCCAGGCUCCCGUUCUCUACUUCUCACGGACCAGGGACGAGGGAACGGAGAGGGUGUGUUUCGACACCACCAGUCCAGAGUUAUUUCAUGACUUCCUGGUGUACAGCUUAGUGGUGUCUAUGCUGCUGUUUGCCUUCCCUUUCAUGGUGGUGAUGGUGUGCUAUGGACUGAUGGUGAGGAAGCUUCUGGAGCCCACCUGGGGGGCAGGGGGGAGCCAGUCGAGGGGAGUUGGGAGGAUCGCUCCUCAUCGCUCCAAACAGAAGUCUGUGAAGAUGAUAAUCAUCGUGUUAGCAGCGUUCAUGCUGUGUUUCCUACCCUUCCACCUGACCAGAAGUCUGUACUACUUCCUCAGAUACCUGGAGCAGAUGGAUCCCUCCCAGGUGAGCUGUGAGCUGCUGAAGGCGUCCAGCCUGGCCUAUAUGGUGACACGCCCCCUGGCCAGCGCCAACAGCUGUGUGGAUCCUGUCCUUUACUUCAUGGCUGGGCAAGGUUUCCGUAGUAACCUCGGCAACAAAAAUCCGAGCAUCGCCAAGGAAACCAGGAAGCGUGAUGGCGGCCCUUUCGAAGCAGCUCUGACUGUCAGGAGAGUCAAUCUAUGUACUGAAUAGCUAUGGAACCGAGUGAACUCUAUUGGACAAACACACUGGAAGGAUGACUGGUUCCUCUAAACUGAAUAUUAUUUAGCCCAUAUUAUUAGCCUGUUUGAAGGAGAAUGUAUGUCAUGAUAUUUUAUUGAAUGUUCUUUCCCUGACUGGUAAAUACUGGGAGAUUACAACAUACAAUAGAAAUACCAGAUGUCUUACUUGAAAGUGAGAGGGGAAUACAGU